GAGGGCGCAGGAACAGGAACCGCCGGAAGAGAAGGAGAAGAUGCAGGUGAAGGAGGGGAGUAUCUAUGCACUCCUCCUGGUAUCCUGCUUCAGCCUGCUAGGUUUCACGAUGCCAUCACCAGCGCUUCCAGAAAUCCGGAAUCGCUUCGUGAUGCCCAACUGGGAGACAGGGCUGGUUGCCUCUUCAAUGUCUUUGGGCAUGCUGGCUGCGGUGUGGUACUGGCCGACCCGGAGCGAUGCCUGGGGCCGCAUCAAAGUUCUGAAAUGGUCCAUGUUCGUCACAGCCCUCUUAUUUUUCGUUCAGGCUUGGUUUCUUCACACGGAGUGGUUCCGUGGCUUCCUCUUCAUGCGUCUGGUGACAGGCUGUUUUGCGGGCUGCAAUCCCAUAUUCAAAGCGUACCUGGCGGAUGUUGUUCCUGCCUCUAGGCUUGCUCGGUUUAUGGUCUGGCGCGAGGCCUCGGCGACUUUCGCAUUUAUCGUGGGACCUUUUCUUGGCGGUCAGAUGACGGCACGGUUUGGCAUAGCAGGACCCUUUCUUGCAACCUUUGUGGCGCACUUGCUCGGUGCCGGGAUUUGCUGGACAUGUGUCGAAGAGUCACCGGUGCGCACCUCUGACGUCGAAGUGAAAGACUCCAUGCAGCCCGACGACUCGGCCAAGAAAUGGCCAUUGCGGGUGAACCAGGUCUUUGUUAUGUCCUUCUUCUACGUGGUGAGCCAGACCUGCUUCUCAUUCUUUACGCCUCUUCUGCUCCAUGACAAAUUUGGCUUCAAGGAGGCCGGGACUAUCGGAGUCUUCCUGACCUCGGUCGCAGGUUUUGUCCUCUUCUGUCAGCUCUUCCUCUACAAGGCCCUCUUUAGAUGGCUCGGUCUGGUCUGGACAGGAGCUUUGGGCGCGCUGGGCAUUUUACUGGGGCUCCUCUUUAUGGGCCUUGGGAGUUUUCAAGGGGGCCCCUUGCAGUUGAUGAUCGGUGGAGCCUGCUAUGCCUUUGGCUCGGCCACCCUUCCAACGACUGUGCCCACCCUUUUGGCCAAGUUUGUGAGCAAAGAGCAGCGUGGGAAGGUCCUGGGGAGGGACUCGCUCAUCAACAACGUCGGCAGAGUUGUCACGCCGCUGUGCCUGGCAUUCCUUUACGACACGAGUCCCUUUCUGUGCUUUGGUGCCGGAUCUUGCGCAUCACUCGUCGUAGUCUUCAUACUUCUCAAGAACCGAACAGAGAUGGAGAAGUAG